GCGUUUUCAUACACCAUGCAGUUUGUUUCGUCGUUCCCCAAUUCAACAUUGUGGUCCGACGUAUUCGAUAAAAAAUUUUUUGAACACAAACAAAAUGCAGUUGCAGGCCUUCGGUGUGUUCGUGGUUAUAGGUUAGGAUGAUAAUAUCCACAAUUUCUACAGUGAGAUUGUGAUAAAGUGACUUUCCUAUAAUUAAGGGAUAAUAUGUAUAAGUGACGAUUACAUCACAUUAGAAACAAUGGCACCGACCAUUCAAACAAAUAAUAGUAACGACAGGGAUAAGCGGUCAACGAGGCCCAUUGAAAAGAGUGGAAAUCAAAUGAUGACAUCCGUCAUUCAGUCGAAUAAUAACAAAGAUGCUAAUGAUAAACGUACCAGACCAGCUGAAAAUAGAUCUGAAUUGAUAUGCCGUGUGAAGUAUUGUAAUACCUUGCCAGAUAUUCCGUUUGACCCAAAAUUCAUCACCUACCCUUUUGAAUCUACAAGAUUUAUACAAUAUAAUCCGACAUCCCUUGAACGGAACUAUAAAUAUGAAGUACUCACAGAACAUGAUUUAGGGGUUGAAAUUGACCUGAUAAAUCGAGACACUUAUGCAGGCGAUCUCAAUGCUCAGCUGGACCCCGCCGAUGAAAAACUUCUGGAAGAAGAUAUUCUUACUCCCCAAGACUCAAAACGUUCUAGGCAUCAUGCCCGCAGUGUGUCAUGGCUUAGGCGUACAGAAUAUAUCUCUACAGAACAGACUCGGUUUCAACCACAAACCAUGGAUAAAGUUGAAGCUAAAGUCGGCUACAGUAUUAAGAAGAACUUCAAAGAAGAGACUUUAUACAUGGAUCGAGAUAGUCAAAUAAAAGCUAUUGAAAAAACCUUCGAAGACAAUAAGAAGCCUGUGGAAAAACAUUAUAGCAAACCAAAUGUCGUACCCGUUGAAAUUCUACCCGUAUAUCCCGAUUUCAAGGUUUGGAAGUAUCCAUGUGCUCAAGUCAUAUUCGACUCAGAUCCAGCUCCAACUGGUCGUUCGGUACCUGCCCAAAUUGAAGAAAUGUCACAGGCCAUGAUUCGGGGUGUGAUGGAUGAAAGUGGGGAACAAUUCGUUGCCUACUUUUUACCUUUGGAGGAAACUUUAGAAAAACGCCGAAGAGAUUUCGCGGCCGAAAUUGAUUAUGCAGAUGAUGAAGAGUAUGAGUACAAAAUGGCCAGAGAAUAUAACUGGAAUGUCAAGAGUAAAGCAUCCAAAGGAUACGAAGAAAAUUACUUCCUUGUCAUGCGUCAAGAUGGGGUUUACUAUAACGAGUUGGAGACACGGGUGCGACUCAGCAAACGCAGACAAAAAGUUGGCCAGCCUCCAAACAACACACGACUAGUUGUGCGCCAUCGACCACUCAAUGCAACCGAAUACAGGAUGCAGCGAUACAGAGAAAAGCAGUUGGAACCACCUUGUGAAGAUGACGAAGAAGAGGAAGAAGAAGAAGAGGAAGAGGAAGAAGAACAGCCCCAAGAAGCUGAAAAGGCUGCAGACAAAGCUGCCUCAGAUAACGAAGGAGGGUCUCGUACUUCGUCGCGUGCGUCAUCGCGUGCAUCGAGCAAGAAGUCUAGGUCUCGAUCAAAAUCGCGAUCGCGUUCAAAAUCGAGAUCAAGAUCUCGAUCGAGGUCCGGAUCUCGUUCCAAGUCACGUUCGCGGUCAAAAUCUCAUAGUAAAUCAAGGUCUCGCUCAGGCUCGGCCCAGUCGAGAAAUUCGUCGAAAUCCGGAUCACGUUCCAGGUCUAGGUCCAGAUCCAGAUCAAGAUCAGGUUCAGGUUCACCGGUUAAAUCACCGUCACGAUCACGAUCAAAAUCCAGGUCCAGAUCGAAAUCGCGAUCAAGAUCGCGAUCGGGUAGCGGGAGUGGCAGUGGGAGUGGAAGUGGCAGCAGUGAAAGUGGUUCUGACAGUGAGUGAUCCAUAAUUUUUUAAUCUAAUUUUAUAGAGAUAAACGAUCAGUUGUGGCGUUGACCUUAGUACCGCACUGUCAAAUGAAAUAAUUGUUUAAAGCUGUAAAAAAAAAAUUACUUGGUAAUGAUUGACUCAAAGGCUGUCCAUAUAUUUUGAAGCCCAACUCGUUCGAUAAUAAGUUGGGUGGUGAGUCAUACUAUGGCUACUCCAAUCUACAUCUUGGAUAUUUUUAUGAAAUGUGUCAAUGGUAGCUCUCAGUUUUAAUAAAAUAAUUCUUAUGAAAGCCAUUCUCAAAAUUACGUGGUAAUUUGAUCAAUGCAGCCUAUUAUUUUUUGAGUCAUCAAUUAUUCAAUGUUUCAUAGAAAUAAAGAUUUUGAAUUUCUUUUCAAUGAACAAACCUAA